UCCUUCUCUCACACCAAUUGAGUCUCUUGAUCUGUUCCAUGCAAUCCAAGACAGCCUGCAAACCCGCCCAGGACUUCCCAUGCACCGCGCUCUGCUCCUGCUUUCCCGAGCCUGACAAAGUGGAGCCAUCUCCAGAGGAAUUUCCACUCUUCAGGACGGCGAUGAUGCCUCAGUGAUCUCCCUGCUCCAAAACCAGGCCUCGCUUGACUUUCCUUCCAGGAAAGAUUGUUCCCCUUGUGAUCCUGUUGAGGAAAGAGACUCCGAUGGACUUACACCGGGCAGCCUUCAAGAUGGAAAACUCAUCCUAUCUUCCCAACCCGCUGGCAUCUCCGGCCCUGAUGGUUCUCGCCUCCACUGCUGAAGCCAGUCGGGACGCUUCCAUCCCCUGUCAGCAGCCAAGACCUUUUGGAGUCCCGGUAUCAGUGGAUAAGGACGUGCACAUCCCCUUUACCAAUGGCUCGUAUACUUUUGCCUCCAUGUAUCACCGGCAAGGUGGGGUGCCAGGGGCAUUCGCGAACCGUGACUUCCCCCCAUCCUUGCUACACCUCCACCCCCAGUUUGCACCCCCCAACUUGGACUGCACACCAAUAAGUAUGUUGAACCACAGCGGCGUUGGGGCUUUCCGCCCCUUUGCCUCCACUGAAGACAGGGAGAGCUACCAGUCGGCCUUUACGCCGGCCAAACGCCUGAAAAACUGCCAUGACACAGACUCGCCCCACCUGCGCUUCUCGGAUGCCGAUGGCAAGGAGUAUGAGUUUGGAACCCAGCUCCCUUCCGGCUCCCCUGGCUCACUCAAAGUCGAUGACACAGGGAAAAAGAUCUUUGCGGUCUCUGGCCUCAUGUCUGACCGGGAGACCUCGUCCAGUCCUGAAGACCGAAAUGACAGAUAUAGAAGCGACAACCAAAGAGGGCCACAAGCGUCUGCGACCACCACCCACCGUAUGGUUUUAACUCUGCCCCUCUGCAAAAAGAAAGCAACCUUGUUCGACAGCCAGGCCCCGAUCUGCCCCAUCUGCCAGGUCCUUCUGCGCCCCGGUGAACUGCAGGAACACAUGGAGCAGGAGCUGGAGAAACUCACUCAGCUGAACGUCAGUAAGAACUCCAUACUGAAGGAUUCCAUGGCACCUGGCACCCCCAAGUCAAUUUUGUUGUCAGCCUCAAUCAAGCGGGAAGGAGACUCUCGGACAGCAUCGCCUCACUCCUCAGAUGAUAUCCAUCACUCAGACAGAUACCAGACCUUCCUGAGAGUGAGAGCGAACAGGCAGACCAGGCUGAAUGCUCGGAUUGGGAAAAUGAAACGGAGGAAGCAAGACGAAGGGCAGGUAUGUCCCCUCUGCAGCCGGCCUCUGUCAGGAUCCGAGGAGGAGAUGAGUAGACAUGUGGAACAAUGCCUUGCAAAGAGAGAAGGCUCGUGCAUGACUGAGGAUGACUCUGUGGACAUCGAGAAUGAGAACGGCAAUCGCUUCGAGGAAUACGAGUGGUGCGGGCAGAAGAGGAUACGUGCCACCACCCUCCUGGAGGGGGGAUUCCGAGGUUCUGGAUUCAUUAUGUGCAGUGGCAAGGAGAAUCCGGAUAGCGACGCUGAUCUCGACGUGGAUGGAGAUGACACGCUGGAAUACGGGAAACCACAGUACACAGAGGCAGAUAUCAUCCCUUGCACUGGGGAAGAGCCGGGCGAAGCCAAAGAGCGUGAGGCACUCCGUGGUGCCGUCUUAAAUGGUGGCACGCCCAGUACCCGAAUAACGCCAGAGUUUUCCAAAUGGGCCAGCGAUGACAUGCCCUCGACGAGUAACGGGGAGAGCAGUAAACAGGAGGCUCUGCAAAAGACCUGUAAGAACAGCGACAUCGAAAAAAUUACAGAAGACUCUGCAGUGACAACAUUUGAAGCGUUAAAGGCUCGUGUCCGGGAGUUAGAAAGGCAGCUUUCCCGUGGAGACCGCUAUAAAUGUCUCAUUUGCAUGGACUCUUACACAAUGCCCCUGACUUCCAUUCAGUGCUGGCAUGUGCACUGUGAAGAAUGUUGGCUGCGGACUCUGGCUUUUCUCUGGGGCUCAUCACUGCAACACUCACAAGUCAGGGAAGGAAGAGGUAUCGUUGUCCCCAGUUUACAGACAGGAAGACCAAGGGUGCUAAGAAGCUCUGCCCCCAGUGUAACACCAUCACGUCUCCCGGAGACCUCAGGCGCAUCUACUUAUGAAGGACACAGCUGGAGGGCGGGACACAGCUACCCGGAUCAGCUAAUCACACCGAGGGGGGAAAACGAUGAUAAAAAAAGACGUUUAAAACCAAUAGACUCCAGACAUGGACUCGAGGAUAAAGGAGCCGCGGGGAAGCCUCGGCUUCCGUGUCUGUCGUUUUGGGACCUCCUUUGGCAACUCUACUGCAGGCAAAACCAAACCCUUUUUUAAAACCAGUGUUCCCCUCUCCCCAGAGCUGGCUUUGCAUUGCGGAUGGCUUGUGAGCCCUUCCUUUGGACUGUGCUGUUCACGCCUCCAACCCCAGACGACUGGGAAGGGACCCUUGACGGAAAGAUGUUAAAUAACCUGUAACUUGUGUUCUUUGUUCAGUUUGGUUGGUUGGGUUUUUUUUGUUUUUGUUUGUUUUUUGGGUUUGUUUUUUGUUUGGUUGGUUGGUUUUUUUUGGUGGUGUUCUAGUGAUUAAAAAAGGUUUAAAGAAAAAACACACAGGCAGAAAAUGAAGCACAUGUAAUAUAGAUUAUAUAUGUUUACAAUGUUGUGUAUAAAUGGGAUAGACACAAACAUUACAUACUAAUAAGUUGCCCUUUUUUUUGGUUGUAUUUUUUUUAAAGAAGAAAAAAAUGAGCAGAGAACAUUAAAUCCAUAUUUUUCUUGGUUCUGCGAAGCUUUGGCAUUAAAGUCAUUAGUUUAAAAAAAGUAUAUAUCUACAUAUCUAUAAUGUAAAUGGUUUAAUGUUCUGUGGUGUAUAUUUCCUCGGUCAGAUAUGAAGUUAACAGCUUUUUAGUAAUGGCUGUUGCAGCACCCAUAACUUACAAGACUUAUGGGGAGUAGGGGAGAUGGGUUUUGUCAUUAGUCGUAGCUGAUGGGGCUGUUUCGCAUAGAAUCGUUAUCCCACAGAAAGCCAGCAGCGUUUAGUUUCUCAUCGGGGGGGCAGCUGGAAAGGUCUGGCUCAGGUGCUUUCACCUCUUUUCCAUCUGGGCCACGGGCAGGAGUUGAGAUUAGCUGGGAGACAGGAAUGAACCUGGCCAAGUGCAGCUGUCUCCAGUGGCUGGGAAUCUGCACCCCAAAGCUUCAGUUAACCCAACCAUUGCCCACGAAAACCAAAGGCCAUGCCCUGGUCCAAGCAAAAACGUGCCACUGGCUUGUUUUGUUCCCACUGGAAAGGAAUUCACUGCCCAAUGGCCCAGGGUGUUCUCUCUGCUCCAGAGCGCCUCCUAUGCCCACAGGAGAGGUGGGGCUAUGGCACAGGAGAGGUGGGGCCAUGGCACAGGCUCGGGGCCAAGGCUUCAGUCUGUGCUCUCCCUUCUGGCUGAGACCGUUGCGGGCUGAGUAGUAGGGGGUGACUACAGUGCAGGGAAGGAAGACUCUUGCUAGAGGUGUUCUCUGGGGAGGCUACUGUACUGCCUUUUUUUACCAUCUCCGUCCAUCCUGCUGUCUUGUUCUACCGCUUUGCCAGUACGAGAGGCCUGAGAAUUGCACUGACUUUCUCGUAUGAGCUCUUUGCUACAGUGGAAGGUUGCUUUAGAUCGCCGAUCUCUUCCAGAGCCUGCCUGGGCCGGGGUUCCUAGGACAUGGUGCACGUUCCUCCUCCUAAAACAAUGCAAAGUAACUUCCGCAUCUAAGUAAAGGGUGUUGCUAGGGCCCCUCUCUCAGGCCACUGAGUUGGCAAGGAGAACCCAGCCUCACCGAACUAAGAUGAGCAAAGAUUCAGAUACUUCCAGUCAGUGCCAGAGAUCCCCAAUGACCUUAUCCCAGGAGAUUUCUCCUAGCUUCUUCCACAGCAGCACCUACAGCAGCUCUCAGUUGUCCUUAGCUUCCAGGUCCACAGCCGCACACAGCUGUCACUAGCUGAGGGUUGCCAUCUGCUCCCCUAUUACCUUGGGAACAAAGAAACUAAUACAAUUUUACCUACCAAAAAGCAACGUACGCCUCUCGAGCCACUUGAGUUUUGCAAGGCUGCGUGAGCGUUGUUUAAAGGUUCUCACUGGUGGCUGUUGUUGCCAGGGUGGUGACCUUGCAGGACAGUAGCCCAGAGUUGAAAUGUGGGAGGAGGGAAGUUGGUGAAGUUACCCUUGUGGUGGUGUUCACCAGGCAGCCCCCCCUCACUAGCUGUCUCACUUCAUGAACCCAGGUGAGAGACCAGAAUAAGCUAGACACAGGAAUAUUGUACCUCCAGGGGUCAUUUGAAGGCCUUUUGGAAGCCUCCUACUUGCUGGAUUUCUUGGUGUUGGCCACCUGGCCACUAUAGGGUGUGCUGACAUCAAGAGGGUCUCCGGACUCCUCCCCAGCACUGCAAAGAUGGUUUGUGUUUUGCAGUAACAGAAUAUUUGACGAGGCAGCUUUUCUCAGUGAUGAUAGUUCUAUCGCAACUUCCCUGCCUGAGUGUCUGAUGUCUUCUCCUGGGAGCUGCCAUUUUGGUCAGUGUCUUGCUGUUUGAUUUCUAAAGGACCCUGUUGCACAAAAUAAAUCUGUCUCCUGAUGGAAUUAUAUCUCUUCCCCCUCCGCCAACAAAGAUGAUAUCACUUAACUCUGAGCUUCCUGGGUCCUUAUGCUCUCAAGGCAGCAACCUUUACCUAUAGUACAGUUGUUGCCCCUGUGAGUCUAUCCCGGGCGUCCGUGGCCAUUCCCUGGUAGCUAACAUGCUGCACAUGUGUACCUUCUUGGGCGGUCUUUGGGAGAUGAAGAAUCUGUGACUGCGAGAGAAAACUCUUCUAACAUUCCAAGUUUGGAAGUUUCUCCCCUGCAGAGACAGGCCUGUGAGAGCAGCGGGAGGGGCUGCACGUGCAGUUAAGCCUUGGAACGCCAUUCGUUCUGCUGGGAAGUAGCCCUGCCUGUAGCACUUAAGCCCUGGGAAAGGCAGUCAGUAGGGUUGGUUUUUAAAUUGGAAUAAUAAACUCUGCAAGGGGGGGCCGCCUUGCCCAGCACUAGCUGCGGGUGCCCUUGGUACUAGAGCUGGGAUCUCUCUGUGAAUGGAACUGGAGAAUGCGCAGUGAUUUUUUUUUUUUUAAAGGCAGUUGGGAAUGGGGAAGUGGGGAGGGCAGGUUCCCCAGUGCCCGAGCUCUGCCUUGCAAGGAGGCACUGAGAGCCAGGCUCUCUCUCGUGUGUUGUGGAGCAGCAAUGUGCUGUGUACGUAUCUGUAAAACCAUAUGUAACCAGUAAUGUUUUUUUUUUUAAUGUAAAGCCGUCCCUGUUUUUAAGAAGGGUGGGGAUCUGAGGGGAGAAUGGAGAGAGAAGAGUCUCAUUCUGGCCUUCUCAGGAGCCAGCCGCGUUUUGUAACCAACGAUCGCUUUCUCCUCUUCCACAAUGAGCUUAAACAAAAAAAAAAAAACAAAAAAAGAAAUUAACUCUCUUUGCCCAAAGAAUCCCAAUUGCACAAGGUGAUAUUCCAGUUGUGUCAAUGAUUGUGUGUCAAUGUAUAUUAUAUAAAAAGGUACUUGUCAUUCCCGUUUGUAAACUACAUUUGACAUUAAUUAAACGAGUAUAAAUCUU